AUGGCCAAAAUAGUGUUUAUUGAGAAAACUAUACUACUCAAUGAAAUAUUUGAUGAAAGUGUUGUAAAAUCAUUCGGAACAUGUGUUGGAGAAAAGUCAUAUCCAUGUGACAUUUGUAAAAAAUCAUUUAAAAAUAAGAAUCAUUUAAUUAAUCAUUCACGGAUACACACUGGAGAAAAACCAUUUUCUUGUGAUUAUUGUGAAAAAUCAUUUCGAAUCAAACAUCAUUUAGUUGGACAUACGAGGAUCCAUACUAAAGAUAAAACAUUUUCAUGUGAAGUUUGUGAUAAGAUACUCACUGAUCGAGUCACUUUAGUUUUACAUAAACGAAUUCACACGGGUGAAAAACCAUUUUCAUGUGAUAUUUGUGAAAAAUUAUUUAGAAUUAAAAAUGAUUUAAUUCGACAUAAACGAACACACAGUGGAGAAAAACCAUUUUCAUGCGAUAUUUGUGAUAAGAAAUUUAGUGAGCAAGGUAGUUUAGGUAAACAUAAACUGACUCACUCGGGAGAAAAACCAUUUUUGUGUGAUAUUUGUGAAAAAUCGUUUAGAGUGAAAAACAAUUUAACUAGACACAAACGAAUACACACAAAAGAAAAUCCGUUUCCAUGUGAUAUUUGUGGGAAGACAUUUGCUCGACAAAGCCUUUUAGUUCAACAUAAGCGGAUUCAUACCGAAGAAAAUUCAUUUACAAGUGAUAUUUUAGAAGAAAGUACAACAAUCCAGAAUAAUCCACCAGAAAAUAAAUCACCAGGAAUAGAUGUUGAAGAAAAACCAUUUUCAUGUGAUGUUUGUAAUAAAACAUUUGCUCUUAAAGGUAAUUUAGUUAGACAUCAACGAAUUCACACGGGAGAAAAACCAUUUUCAUCGAAAAAUGAUUUAUCUCGACAUAAACGCAUACAUUCUGGAGAAAAAUUAUUCUCCUGUGAUAUUUGUAAUAAAACAUUUUAUAAGAAAGAUCGUUUAGAUCAGCAUAAACGUAUUCAUCAAGUUAAAAUUGUUCACGAUCCACUUAAAAAUGAAAUUCCAGAAAACAGUCAUGUGAAAUAUGAAAAAAUUGACGAACCAGAGGAAUAUUUGUCUACAGUCGAUGAAAAUAUGAUGUUUGAAACAGAAUUAAAUUCCGAAUUAAUUAUUUAA